UUUAGAAUAUAAACUAAAGUUUCGGAGAAGAGGCCGGCCACUUCAACCAAAUACAGUUUCCUUCUCUCUACCUCUAAAUAGCGCUUCGGAUAAAAGAAAAAUGGCAGAUUUAAAACCCGUUGAAGUUGAAAAAGUUAGAGAGCAUUUCGAUAUUUAUGAUUUCGAGGGAGAAGGAAAAAUCGAUGCUUUCGAUGUAGGAGAUUGUUUAAGAUCUUUAGAUUUACGUCCAACUGUAGCUGCUAUUGAAAAAAAUGGUGGAUCGAAAAGAAAAGGAGAAAAAAAAUUGUCGUUUGAAGAAUUUCUUCCAAUCUACAGUCAAAUUAAAAAAGAUAAAGAUGUUGGUACAUUCGAAGAUUUUAUGGAAGGAUUGAAAGUUUAUGAUAAAAAUGAAAACGGUACCAUGCUAGCAGCCGAAUUGGCCCACACUUUAUUGUCUUUAGGAGAAAGAUUAACAGACUAUGAAUGCGAAGAAUGUAUUAAAGCUUGUGCGGGACAAGAAGAUGAUGACGGAUACAUUAAAUACGAACGUAAGUUCUUUUUAAUACUUUUGAAAGAAAAAUGCGUAUUGAUAAAUAUUUUUAAACGAAAUUCAUUUCUAUUGCACAUUCCCCAAAAAUGUUGCCAAAAUUACGAAAUUAUAACGAAUGGAUCUAAAAUUCUAAUACGAGUAUGACAAAAAUUAAUAAAA